AUGUUACUCAAGGUCGCGCCCGCCCUCACGCUUCUCGUCACACUCGCUUCACAUGUGUAUGGCAAUGGCGUCGACUCAUCAGAGAACCCAUCGGCAAGCGCAGGCGGAGCAAAUGCAGUCAAACUUUUCUUCACGCCCGCGUGGGUCCCGGAGUACUCCGUCAAGUGGACUGUUCACCCCGAUGGCAUCUGGUAUGAUGAGCCAAAGCAAAGCAUCAUCCGGGUCGGUCAUUCGCCUUUGACGGGCAAGAUGUACCGCACGACCGAGUAUUACUUCGAUGGUGUGGCGUUCACGCUCUUCUAUGGUGAGGCAGGCAAGAUCGAGGCUGUUCGUGUGGACGAUCCGAUCAUGUCGCACCUGCAAAAGGCCAUCGUCGACGGAGUCUCAGUUCCCGUCGUGCCCGGCAUCAACGAUGUCUUCAACAAUGACCGUGCUGCACCCUUCUUCUCCAGCUCCCUCCUUCCUCUCAAUCUGCGAGCUACAGACAUGCUUUCCUUCGGCCUUCUUUCGCUCGCCCUUGCCAGCCAAACGCUCGCCUUACCCUCUACGACUGCGCCCACGGCUUUCGUCACGACUUACAACGUCACUUUCGGUUCGAUUGGCUACUGCCCGAUCAAUGGUCCCAAGGAUCCCUACCGCUCCGUCGGCAUGAGAAACGGCAAUCUCCUCGUGCACAUCUCCAGCAAUCCUGAUACCGCGCCAACUUUCUCAGACGCUGCCGUCGAGGGUACGACGGCUGCGCCUACGGCACCCUUCAAUGGCAAGGCGUGGACUUUGAAAGUAGCAGCGCCGGAUGUGCCCCUCGUCCCCACCAAGUGGGAUGAUUGCUGCACCGCGAGUUCUUAUCACGAGAUCAUCUUCCCGAUCGAUGGCACAGCCGCUACGACGAACACGUACGAGGGCGGAGGUCAUGCAGGCGCAUCGAUGCUGCAGCACUGCUAUGCUGAUCGCAAGACCAAGAGUGGCGACUCCUGUCAAAAGACCCUCGGCUUCAAGUCAAAGGCCGAUACGAUCAAUGCUUGCGACAUCAGCCAAUCGUUCUGGGAGGCUCCCAUCGUUCAAGCAAAGGCUUGAUCUGCGCAGGUACGCCAAUGCAUUGCUAGCCUUUUGACAAGGCCGGGAC